ACGCAUUUGACGCAAAUCACCCGUGAGCACGGAAGUGACAGCACAGCUGGUGCAUCUCCGUGCCAACCGUUUCACUACGUGUCAUGUACGCAAAUCUAAUUUGUACCAAGCGAUUGACGAUCGUGUGACCUUGUCUUUUCAGACUUCUUUCUCGUAUCUGUUUGCUGCGAGUGAAGUCUAAGAGUGGGAAAAACAUGAGGCAAUUAAAGGGAAAAACGAAAGAGACCAACAAACAGAAAAAGGAACGGAAAAAGGAAUUCUUGGAGAAUAAACAGAGAGUAUUCACAAUUGUAUUGCCCACUAUAGCCGCAAUAUUUGUGAUAAUAGCAGCAUACAUUUAUGUUAAAACCCGUCCAAAACUCAUUGAAUAUUAAUGAUAAUACAUGCCA